AUGUUUGCAGCCGGUGCGACCUGGAAGCUAUACGUUAUUUCGGCCGUCAUUGCUCUGGCCGGCCUACCCGCCGUCCAGCUUGCCGAAGUCCAGGGACACGCCCUUUCACGAAGAGCCCCGACACCGAGGGACGGAGUCAAAGCAAAUGGUCCCGUACGCUGUGGACGCAGCUGGAAUACUCAACCAUAUCCAACAAAAGCUCCACCAGUGGUAGGGCGCCCUGAGCCAUUGAAUUUGGCUACAUCAUGUAGAGGGGACGAUGGUCUGGGUUACCUGUGCAACUUCGACUCAUGUCAUCAGGCCGAGAAGCAAAGCAGCUACCAUAGGUCGAAGACCGAAACCUAUCAUUUACCUCUCGAGUCUCUUCGCUUUGUAGGAUGCACACGGUACCGCAAUGCUAACGAGAAAGGGCCACUCCAAUCGAAAGUAGAAUUCAUGCAUCCACACCAAAUCUGGCCCGACGAUGGAUCUGGAAAGAUAGCGGUCAUGGGUGUCGACGUGGCCAGUGGUUGGAACUAUCCAAAAGACAGCAUAGAUCGUCGGCAUGAAUGCUCGAAACUGGAACCAGUCAACAACCGCAGACCGGUGUGUGAUGAAUGCAUUCACCAUACCUUCAAAGAGGUCGCCCCCCCUGCAAUCCCGAAAAAUUAG